AUGUGCAUCGAAAACAGAGAGCUCUACUCGGCUUGCGCUCACGUCGUUCCCCUGUCGGUUGAUCACUGCAGCUUUGGCGGACCACACGACGUUUGGACAGCUCGCCAGGCAUGCAUGAAACAUCAAAUCUACCUGACCGUCUACCCAGGCUUCUGUGCGACCUGCUGCUCCGAAAUUUUACUCGAAUACGCUCAAGUUGGCUUCCAGAUCGCUCGAAGUUUGGUCUUCAUCAGCGAGUUCUGGACCGGGCAGGCGACGAAAGAGGAUAUCGAGGACGACAGCGACGAGGAGUCGGACGAUGGCGAGGCAGGGAAGCGUACGCUCGGCGAGCAGCCCAUCGCGGGCGCCAUCCGUGCAGACGUCGACUUCGAGGCCAACGGGCACUGGAAGCGAGCGCUCGAGAACGGAAUCGUCGGCUGCUUCCCCGAGGCGAUCAAGAUGGGCGACUUCCUGUGGCCCUGCCGCUCGUGGGUCCCGCGGGACGACGAGGACAGAGGUCACCUCGCCGAGCUCGUUCGAGGCGCCCAAGCGCGCACCAUUCGAUGGGCCGCCGGCUUCGAUCCGGACACUUUAUAG